AUGCUUGGCAGAAGACCUAAAAAAAGCCCUCAGGCAAAGGGCCAGGGAGCUGCAGUUGCAAAGCAGCUGGGGCUGUUUGUAGAUUUCAAUCCUGAAGAGAUGCUGCUGGGUGCAGAGGAAGGUGGGGAUGAUGGGGACCUAGAAGCAGAGCUUGCUGCUAUCACAGGAGCAAAGGUGAAAGAAGGGAAAUCAAAACCAAAAGGAAAAACUCCUCUGCCCAUGGAGCAUAUUGAAAAGAUGGCUGCAGAGUGUAUGAAGGACCUGAAUGAAGAUGAGGAGGAAGAAGCAGAUGAUGAAGACUUGGAGAAAGAUACAGACCUGUUGGCAGAAUUGCAAGAAGUUCUGGGGGUGGAAGGUGAGACAGGAAGCUGUGAGGAUGAAAUGACAGCAAUGGAGCCAUCCACAGCUGAACCAGAAAAUGAGCAACCUGACCUGCAACCACAGACCACCUCACUUCCUGCUGUUACCAGUGAGCUGCAACAGAUGGUAGAGAAGAGAAUUGCUAACUAUAGGACAGCAAUUUCUAAUGCAAAGGAGUUGGGUGAGAGUGCCAAAAUACGCCGAUACGAAAGAGGCCUUAAGACACUGGAAACCAUGCUGGCUGCAGUGAAGAAAGGCAAAAAAAUCAAUGAGGAAGAAAUGCCACCUCCUGUUGCAACAGGAAGGAGUUCUCACUUAUCUCAAGCCACGGGAGUGGAGUCAGAGAAUUCAGGAGAUUCAGUCAGUGUCCUACCAGAGAAUAAAGCUGAGUCUGCUGCAGAUAGUGAGCAGAAGACCUCUCAUGAGGCAGUGCAGCAUCUGGAAUCAGAGUCUCUGCAGGGUCAUGCUGCUUCUAGUCCUAUUGUGGAAACAGAUCUCCAGAACAGCAGCACACGAGCAAUACUACUUAUGAGGCAGAAGGAGUAUAAAUUAGCAGCUCUAAAAGCCAAGCAGCAAGGGGACCUGGAGAAAGCGAAGGAAUACAUGAAGGCAGGCAAGAAAUUUAAUGUGAUCUUGGAAGCUUUGGAUAGUGGGCAGCCAGUAGACCUCCAGAAUAUGCCUCCAUCUCCUCCGGAUCUUGAAAGCCUAGGAACUGUACAAGAUCCAUCCAAGCAAAAGGUACCAGCUCCAGUGGGAAGUUCCCAGGAUGUUGCAGCACCUGAACCUCAGACCCAAGAAGCUUCAGCUUCCCUGCAGCAGCCCAAAACAGUGCUGGAAGCGUUGCAGCAGAGGCUUGAGAAGUACAAGUCGGCAGCAGCACAGGCUAAAGCGAGUGGGGAUGAUCGGAAAGGCAGGAUGCACGAGAGGAUAGCCAAGCAAUACCAGGAUGCCAUAAGAGCCCAUAAAGCAGGGAGAAAAGUGAAUUUUUCUGACCUACCUGUUCCUCCUGGAUUUCCCCCUCUUCCUGGUGUUGCAGCAACGGAUGGUGACAGCACAAUAGCUGCUGUUCUGGAAAGUGCCAGCAAGCUGGCAAACAUGGAGGAGAAUGAUGAAGAGGAGGAGAAUGAACCUCUGACACAGGCCCCAGUUGCCAAGAAGCCUGCUCAGCUGCCUGGAAAGCCAACUCAAGUUGUUAAGCCAAUUACAGUGCCAUCUGCUGUAGCUGAGGAGAGCUCUCCUGAGCAUGUGAAACGGGCUACAUCACCCUCCACCCUGGACAAGGCAGAGUCAAUGGAUCAUCUCCCUCCAGCUGCUAGGGAGCAGCUGGAAUUUCUGGAGAACAGAAAGAAGCAAUACAUGAAGGCAGCCGUCAAAGCAAAGAAGGAAAAUAACCUUGAACAGGCUAAGAUGUAUCUCAGAACAGCUAAGAGCUUUGACCUAAAGAUUGAGCAAGCAAAAUGUGGCAAACCUGUUGAUAUUUCCAAGCUGCCAUCACCCCCUACAGAUGAUGAGGGUGAUUUUAUCUUCAUACACCAUGAAGAUGUCAGACUGUCUCAGAAAGCAGAUGAAGUAUAUGCACAGCUCAUAAAACUGCUGAAGGACCAACAUGAGAGGUGUUUGCAGUAUUCCAAGCAAUUCAUGCAUCUGGGAAAUGUAGCAGAAACGACUCGGUUUGAGAAACUGGCACAAGGUUGUAAAAAGGACAUGGACAUCCUACAGCUUGCACGAGCGCAAGGAAUGGAUCCUCCAAGCCAUCACUUUGAGGAAAGAACCUUUAAAAUGAUAAGGAUAUUUUCUGAGCUCAACAGCACAGAAAUGCACCUUCUUAUUGUCAGGGGGAUAAACCUACCAGCUCCGCCAGGUGUAUCGCCAAGAGAUUUGGAUGCAUUUGUGAAGUUUGAAUUUCAGUACCCGAGUGCGGAGCAACCUCAAAAGAGUAAAACACCUGUAAUUAACAAUAACAAUUCUCCAGAAUAUAACCAGUUGUUCAAGUUGAACAUCAACCGAAAUCACAGAGGUUUCCGACGAGCAAUUCGGUCCAAAGGAAUUAAAUUUGAAGUAUUUCAUAAAGGGUCCUUCUUCAGAAGUGACAAGCAGGUGGGGACAGCACACUUGAAACUGGACAAGCUGGAAUCGGAAUGUGAAGUUAGAGAGAUCAUCGAGAUUUUUGAUGGCAGAAAGCCCACUGGAGGGAAACUGGAGGUAAAAGUGAGACUCAGGGAGCCCCUCAGUGGUCAAGAUCUUCAAACAGUUACAGAAAACUGGCUGGUCCUUGAACAUUAG